AGGAGGGCUCUUGGCCUCUUGUCCAUCCCGGCCGCAGCCGCGCGCCUUCGAGCCACGACGCCCCCGCGGCUCGCGCGCGCGCCCGGGAUGGACGGGGCGCGCGGCUCAGGCGCCGUCCCCGCUCGGCCCCGCGCCGGCCCGGGCCGCGGCUUGCCCGAGGAGUCGGCUGGUGGGGCUGGUCUGCGGCGCCGCGGGCUCGUUCCUGGCGCUCGCCGCCAGCGCGAGGCACAGAACCUUCGUCGCGGGGGCAGACGUCCACGCGAGGCCUCGCACCGGCGUAGGAGACGCAGGGCCGAGGGCGAGGGUGCCGGGAGACCGACCGCCAGGAUAGCGAAGGUCAAGGAGCGACCUGUCCGCCCGGUCGCCACUCUCGAGGACGAGCGCAGGGCAACGGCGAUCCAGCCCCGCUCUUGGUUCAGCAAGCCGGCGCCGCCGUCGCUGCCCCUCGGCUUGUUCAGGCCCAAGGAGAGUUUGUCGCAGAAUUUUCUUGCCGACCCCAACAUCAUCCACAACAUGGUGCGGGCGGUCGAGAACGACUCGCCAAACGGGCGCACCGUGGUGGAGCUCGGCCCCGGCACAGGCGCGCUGACGUCCCGGCUUCAUCCGCGGUUCCCCGAGAUGAUCGGGAUUGAGCUGGACCAGCGCGCCUUGAAAGUGCUGGCGCACAAGGUGCCUGGCAUGACAUGCAUCCGCUCGGACCUGCUGCUGGUGGACUACACGAAGCUGGCCGAGCUCCGUGGCGGGCCUCUCACAAUUGUCGGGAACCUGCCUUGGGGUCUGCGGACCACGCAUCCACGCAGCUGCUCUUCAAGCUGUGUGACCAUGCCAGCGCUGUGAAAACAG